AGUUGCCUGCCCAGUAGACUGAAAACACCUGCCAAAGAAAUGUGAAAAGAGCUGGAAACGUGCUAUUUGUUGACUAUUCUCCUAGUAGACAUCCAGGAGAUCUCCAGAGAUCUGUUUCAUCCUCACCUCUCCACAACUUCAUCAUGAAAAGGAGGAAGCCCAAAAUGAAGUGAAUUAAAAACUUUGUCUCCGAGAGGAUUGUGGCUUGGCCUGAGUUGAGGUUUAUACAUAAGCACAAUGAAGAAGAAUAACAGGAAGUCUACUACGAGGAUCGACGAGCAAGAUGACAUCUGUGUCCCAGACUCCAAGGAUCCAGGAGAGCUUCAAAAUAUGUUGGAUGAAGGAGAGUAUGCCCCUUUUGUAUCUCCUCCGAUAUUAGAGAGCAAUUUUAUCCAGGUCAACAGGAGAGGUGAAUCCAUUUACCUUCAUAACCGAGCCAACUGGGUGACUGUAGGCAUAUGCUCUUCCAGUCCCACCCUCAAGACCCCCAACGUGAUGCUGUUGGCACAUCUGACACCCGCCGCACAGAAAGAUUCAGAACCCCUUUUUAAAAGUCUUCUGACAUCUCCUUCUCCAGAGAAUCUGGUGCUCACCAGGUUUCUCCCUCUGCAGUUUGUGACUCUUUCUGUGCAUGAUGCUGAGAAUAUGCGCAUCAAAGUAAAGCUGGUGAGUGGCCGAGCCUACUACCUACAGCUCUGUGCCCCUGCAUGCAAACAAGACACCCUAUUCUGUCAGUGGGUGGAACUCAUCUCCUUCUUGAAUGAGGAGAAAGCCAAAGCUUCCAAAGUGUCGGAAGUCUCCAGCCUCUCAGAAAUCACAAACAGCACAGACUUCACAGGGUCAAUGGACAUCAUGGAUAUUGCAGCCUUCACAGCCGUACAGACCCCACACCUGUACACAUGUUCAGACCCCAUCAAGGACAUAGAAAGCAUUGAUUUCUCAGAAUUCACGGACAUCACGGAUGUCACCGAUGUCACGGAUAUUCCAGAAAAUGAGGUCACCGAGGCCCCAGAUAUAAGAAUUGUCACAGAAGUCACAGAAGUCACGGACAUCUGCAAUGUCACAGUGGACUCAGGGGUCACAGUGGUGUUUGAGAAUGAUGACAUACUCAGGGCCAAGCGGGAGGAAAAGGAAAAAAUGGAAAAUAUUCUGAAGCCUGGCUGUCUACGAGAUACAAAAAUUAAGAAUGAGUUUAGAGAAUCCUCAAAACAUGUCACCAUCUCAAACCUAAUGCUGACUUUCGAAGGUGAAAGAUGUUUUCAGACUACCUUGACUCCAGAAGAAGGUGAGAAAAAUAAAUCCAAAGAGAUGAGUGAUAGACCCUCUGAAAUAAGGACAACAGACUCUAAAAGCACGGCUCUCAAGGCUGAAGAAUCCAGGAGCAGGAGAACUGAUUCAGACACUUCAGAUAAAUACAAACUACUAAACUAAAAAACAAGCACAGCUCAGGAAAUAACAAUUGAAGGAAGGGAAAACAAAGCAGCGUCUUCCAUGUGGCAGAAAUAAAGGCUACUACUGAUCAUUAA